AUGGCAGAAAGACGAGUAAACGAUCGUGGACAAAAUCAAGAUGAUAAUGCGGUUCCAGCGGCAAUUAGAAAGAGUAACAUGUCCGAAGAAUGCAUCGUACUGCUGGAGGAAUUGAUCCGCAGCAACCGGGCUCUGGCGAGCGAAAAUGAAAAGCUGCGGCAGCAGCAAGAGUGCAGCAACAAAUCAAACUUAGAGGCUCUUCAGCGGAUUGAGAACCGUCUUGAAACUGGUGAUAAUGGAGCCAAAGUCCGUCGGCGCCAAAAUAGACAGAAGCUAAGGACGAUAGUAGUUCCACCAGCUUGUCGAAGAGCUGUGAGAAGGAUAUAUAAACUUCUUUUAAAAAAAGACGACUUUGGUGGAUUUUAUCUUGACGAAGAAGUAAAUUCUGAUAACAACUAUGGAAUUUUUGAGCGCACAGUAGAGCAGGUUGUACAUCAACAGGGAGGACCUGAAAAGUGUCCCUGGACAAAGGAUAUCAUUGAAGCUGCUUUACAAAGAUAUUUUAAAACGUGCCUAGAAACACAUAAGCUGAAGAGCAGUAAUCGCUAUGAGGCACAUAAACAAAAAACAAGAAAGAGUGGUCGCCAAAGAGAGAAGUUAAUGAGACGAACUACAGCCAUGGAGCUGGUCAACUGGGCUGACCAGCAUGAAAAGGGGAGAGUGGCGGAGGUUCUUGUGAUGGAGGCGAUGAGCAGUGAAGAAAGCUGUUACGAGGAUGAUAAUAUAAAUAACUCAAAAUUAACAAAAUACUCUGUCCAUCGCCUUCAAUGGGAGAGUAGAAGAAUGAAAAAAAUAAAAAAAAAACUUGAUAAGGCCUAUAAGAAAAAACUCACUUCAAGAGCUAAGGAGAGAAUCCUACCCAGAGUUGAUGGGCAACCUUCCCUGAGAUGCCCACCAACUGAAAAUUUUCCAGGGUGGGCAAUAAGGCAGUAAAAAAAAUUGUUUUAUCAAUUUAAGGUGACAAAUUGAUUGUUGAAAAAAGUAUU